AUGGAAAAGCUUCCAAAUUGUAUAAGGUUGCAGUUUGUGGAUGGAAAAUCUGGUUCUAUCGAUAGUGAAAAGUAUCAAGGCGAUGCGAGAGAAAUAUUAAAUGAAAAAAGAAAGACUGUAGAUGUCGAUCAAAGUAAAGCUACUUCUUUAGAUCGACAAUUGGUUGCUUCUACUUCCGAGCAAAAUCAUGUAAACUCAAUGGAUGUUGAUACAAGUAAUAUUGGUGUUCAAACAACUACCGAAAACAAAGGUGAUUGCAAUAACCAACAUGUUGCUACUAAUGAGGUACAAUCAAAAGAAGUUGGGCUGAAUUUGAUGUCUAAUGCAACUAAAAACGCAGGGGGAACACCAAGAGUUGGGGUUGAUGCGCUACGAGUUGAUUCAAGGCAAAAAUUAAUGGAUUCAGGACAAAAACUAAUGGAUACAUCUGAUGUUGAAGAUGCUGAAAAUUCUGGGCAGCAUGUUUUGCAAGUUGAAAACGAGAAUCCAACUAAAAACUGGACACUGGUUGCACACAAAAAAUCAACUAAUAGUCGGAUCCUUUCCCCUACUAGUCAAAAUAAUUCUCCAUGUAGUGAAAAGGGUCUGACUGGAAAUUUUCAUGACAGUGAGAAGAGGCAAGAUACUAGUAAUGCCUCAAGAGACCUAUUAUGUUCGAAUAGCUUUGAUGCUUCAUUGAAGACUACUGGAAAGCAAGUAAGGUUAACAGAGAAUGACAACGAUUUGAUCCAAGAAAAACAAGUCUCACCACCUGUUUUAAAUAGCAAAUUAAGUUCAGAUGCUCCCGUAUUUGUGCCUAAAUGUGUGCUUGAAAAGAAGAAUGAGUCAAGGGCCUUAGUUUCAAAUACAAUAGAUUUGGGUGAGGAUUCUCUUGAUGAAGAUGAGGAAGACAAUAUGCUGGAUAUUUGCUUUGAUAGAGUGGCUAGGGAAGGGGAUAUAUCACCUAGGCAACAAAGAAGUGGAAGCAACAAAAGCAAAAAGAAGACACACGGAAGGCAACAUAGUUGGGAUGGUAAAAUUACUCAAGAGUUUGUUUCAAGGUACCUAUCGAUGCGACAAGCAAAGCAAAACCAUUUGACAGUAUCAAUAGGUUCAACUAGAUUCAAUAAAUUCAUAAAGAAGCUCUUAUUUUCUUCAUGUUUGUUAGGUAGCAGAAGUUAG